GAAUCGGAGGCCAGCGGCCCCACAAUGCCAGGCGGGGGAGCCCCUCUCUCAGCUACACAGCACAGCAUCACCGCCUCGCCUCAGUGAAAAAGACAGAGAGAGGAGAGAAAUGCAAAGGGAUGUAAGAUGGCAGAGCUACAAAUGCUAUUAGAGGAGGAAAUCCCUGCCGGCAAAAGGGCUCUCGUGGAAAGCUACCAGAACCUGUCCCGGGUUGCGGAAUACUGUGAAAACAAUUAUGUUCAGGUAAGAGGAGAUUCACGGCCGAUAAUUUUGGUUAUUCUUCAGCUAUCUCCGUCGUGUCUGCGGUGAGCUGCGAGUGAGUGAAACCACAGGGACAGGAAAUGCUGGUUGUAACGAAAGAAACCUAAAACCGCCAGCUCCCACACGGAGUGGCCUUUUCUCCCGGUAAUGUGGUUUCAGAUUUGGGUCUGUGAUCGUGAUUCGCGUUUUCUCCUUGGAGUGAGGCGGCCCCGGUUUACCGGAGUCGUGUUCACGUUUAAAAGGCUUCAGUGGAUGUGAAGAAAGCUGCUGGGGGGUUUAGAGGGUGUGUCGUUGUUAUGACCAAUGGUUUGUCACUCACUGCUUUCUCUUUAUUAGUAAUACUAAUAUAACAUAAAAAGGCCAUAGUUUACACAUUCUGACACCCAGUUUGUGUUCAGUAUCUUUUUACAGGACACAAGUCACACAAUAGUGCUAGGAACAGGGGCGGGUCUAGAUUUUAUUGACUGGGGUGGCCCAACUGGGGCACCUUGUAAAUCUCUAUGCACAGUUAAGUGCAUAGCUGGCAGUCUCAAAAAGCCAGUAGAUUUUACAGCAUGUUAAUACAGUUACAUUUUUAGAGCUUAUAUAUUAUACAUUAAGCGCAGGAAUAUUUUGAUGUGUCUCCUUUUUGCAAUGCUACAAAGGAAAUAAGUGGGAGGGAACACCAAUAGAGCAUAAAGGCAAAAAUGGUGAUGGUUCAAACUAGUUGGAACACAUUUUAGGGUGUUGGUCCCGCUUUGAGAAACUGGACUUGGUGGUUAAACGUCAAUUUUCAGUAAGAUUUAUGAAAUAACUUGACUUUUUGAACAUUUACUGAUUUAUGCAGGAAUUAUCUUGAACUAUGUUUCUCUGAAAACACAAACAAAUUGCAUACUUACUUUUUCUCGCCUAAUCUCUACUAAUCAUAUUGAUUUCAAUCACAAGCAUUUAAGUAUUAUACAGAUAUUUAUUAUGCAAAUAGUUUUUCAACAGUGAAAAGUAAGAUGAAAUCGUAGGAACUGAUCAUUUUUCUGAGCUCCAGUUUCAGAAAAGAAAUUAGCAUAAAGUCAGAAUUUUAAACUAUUAGAAGAAAAUGUGAUAGUUCAAAUUUUAGCAGUCCCAACACAGCCCAAAGAGCGACUUCUUGAGACUGUUAAGGCAAAUAAUCAAUAAGAGUAUGAGGUUUUUGCACUAAUGGGGACGACCAAUUAAGGGAUGCCAUGCCACAGCUGGCUUCCUCUCUGCGUGCAAGGCCAUAAAAGACAGAGCAAAAUAAAUAAAAAACCAAAGACGGGUUUCAUCUGGCUUCAGUCUUUCUUAUUGUCAGGUUUAGAGUCCAGACAUCUUUCUUUCAGUUUGACUGCUCAUUAGGAUAUCAAUGUCUUAGUUCUUAAAGACACAGGAAGAUAAUAUGCAAACAACAGUCAUCUAAGGUUGGUGUGUACCUGGAAAGACCUCUGCUCUUCUCAUUUGCCUGUUUAAAUGCCUGAACAGACUGAUAAUAGGCGUGUUUGCCUGUUUUUGCAUACAGUCUGACGCAGAAUGUCCAAUCAGUAUUAUGAGAAGUACAAAUCUGAAAUCAAAGCUGGGAUUUUUCAAAUAAGAAAAAGACCUGUGGUGGCCGUUCUCAUUUGUCUUUCAUUUAAUGAUUUUUAUUGAUUGGAGUGACAUUGUAGAAUGAUUCAUCCCUGUAUUUGCUCAAAAGCAAGAUCACUUUCUGUUUGAAAUUUGUUGGUUGUUGAUACUGAUCGUGCUGGAGAUGUCUUCAAUAUGAAGAAUAGUAUUUGUAAAUAUUCUGAUCCUACACUUUUGUUUAUGACUCUACAACCAGUUAACCUUUCUUCUCACUGAUAAAUUCUUCACUCCUCUGAAACAAUUUAAUUUUGUCUUUCCCUUUUUUUUCCUGUUAUGACUCACUGUGAGACUUUGUAAGGUUUAGGUGGUCUUCUACAAAAAAUGAGGGAGUCAGAGCUCAGUAAUGGCAAGAAAAAAAAAAUGGUGUAAAGACAUCUGUAAUUGGGGUCUUCCUUAGAGGAAAUCACAAUGAUCCAUUGCCCAAUUUGUAUAAAAUAUUAAAACCUUAAUAGGGGAUUUCCACCCGUAAGAGUUAUUCAUGAGAAUCUUCAUCAUCACCCUGUUAAUUUUCCUUGGUGAGGGAGAGUAUUGAGUGUGUGUGGGCGAUGGUGUGAGCUGACGGUGCAGACCGUUGUGGGUUGAAUGGUCUGGUGUGAACAACAGUGUCUAUGACAGAGCAGGCAACUCCAGAAACUCCACUGUUCUCUCUCGUGUUUUUGACUGUGUAGCCGAGAAAGCCCACAGUCGUGCCGUCUUAAUAACAUGUCAGAUCACUUUGCCCUGCUUGUCAUCAGAAACGCAAUGUAGGUUACACUGCCUGAAAGCGCGCUUAGACACUGUCAAGCAGCUCUUGGUGGUGAAUGCGUUGGAGUGUUCAAAAUGCAGAAAGCUGUCUGGGAAUUUGAAUGAAUAAGCUUAAAGGUUCCGCUUCGCUUUACUGAAGGUCAGUUUAAGUGCAGUUUUGUAAUCUAAUCAAAGCUGCCACAGUAUUGAGUACAACAGUACCCAUUGCAACAGCUGUAAUGAUUAUUAAAUGAUGAUUAAAACAAACUUCCAGGAGAUUUUGUCAUGAACUCUAGAUUGAUAGUUUUACACUUACUGCCACUACUGGGCAUCAGCUGCACAAUUAAUGAAUAAACUGAAAUCAAUAAUAGUAACAUCAAAACCAACAUCAUACAAGCUUAAAUUUUUUCAAUGAAGCUACUAGGAAUAUUCAGAGGCCUUUUUAAAUUCCAGUUUUUUACCCAGCAAAUUAAAUUCCAACUAUUUGACUAAUCUAACAGUAAGAGAAAACCCAGAAAAUAGUUAAAAUUUAGUAAAAUGUAUUUAACAUGUCUAAAACUGCAUGUAGGAAGUGUGGCUACCUCUAGUAGAGCUAGCACUGCCAGACUUUGGUCUUCUUUGCAGGUUCAUGACUGCAUGCCUUUUGGUGAUGCAUUAUUCUGAUCAAGUGGUACAAUGAUAUAGGGCACAUAGAACGUCAUCUCAUUUUCUAAAUUUUAUCAGUACUCUACUAAUUAAGAUCUAUAUCGCAGUUGUAAUAUCUGCCAGAAAAAGCAUAAAGAGACCUCUAACCAUACUGUACUAUCCAUGCUGGCUUCUCACUCAACUCUUAAUUUUUUAAAUAUGUUAAUUAAUUGAGAAUGCUCCUACACUGAGAUUUACGCUUGAUUUGAUAAAUUUGUGAAUGGAUGAAAAUUAGAUAGAGGAUGUGAAACUCUGCACACAUGAGGUGUUGGAGAUUGGUGGCAAACAGGCUUCAAUCUGAUUUAGAUUGACAGAUCUUUUAAAAAACAGCCAAUCAAGAAUGAAAGUUGCUCUGCUGUAAAGUGCGAAGAAAGGCUGAAAUUAUGUGGACAAAUAAGGUGUUUGUUUGUAGUCAACAAUAAGGAAAAACAUGUUGGAAAAUCCUUCUGUGGCUUCUGAUUGCAGAUUUACAUAACACUGAAUAUAGUGUGUUUGAGUUCCAGUAAUCCAUGUCCUGAAACCAGUACAGAUUUUUUUAUGCUAGUGACAUGAUGACUUUAAUAGGACUAAUUAGAUAACCUCCAUUGCUGUGUUGUUAUUCAGGGAGACAAUGACACAAAUAAACACUUUUCAUGCACAAUAGACCAGAAGAUUUGAAGCUUUGAAAGAUUUGUUUGGUUUAAUUAUCAUUUGAACAUCUUACUAUGAGAACUCAGUGCUUAUUUAACACUGAGGAGGAUUAUAAGUGAUACAAUUGAAAUCGUACUUUUAUACUUACAUAUUCUUUCAGUUCUUUCUUUAUGUGCUUUUGUGAAGUGGAUGUAUGAUGUUUUUCAUCUUUCUCACUGCUGGUUUUCAGAGCCUCUCAUUGCUGCAGUAUGGAGAACACUGGCUGGAAUAUGAAGAUGCAUGUAUGCGGCUUCUCCUGAAUAAUGAUUUCUUCAGGGACAUUAAAAACAUUAGCUGCAUGCAUAUAAACUCAGAUAUGAAAAACAAUUGGGAAUUAGCAGCAGGAUAGCUGUACAAGAGGCCAAACAGCUAAUAUUCAGAUAUUGAGCUUUAGCCUUUAGCUGUACUGUAUAUCUCUAUUCUUCUAAAGGGUUCCCUUUUAACUUCUUUGGUCUCAUACCGUCACUGUAGACUUAAAAUGAGAUCUAGCUGUCAUGAUGUGACACAGAUCUACACAAUCCUGUGGGGAUAAGGUUUUGUAAUGCAGUUUUUUUUUGUAUUCACACAAUCAACUGCACAGCAAAAUGUCACAAAACAGCAUAGUGACAGUGCAGCUCUUGGUGUGUAAAGCCACUCUGUGAUGCUGCAGGAAAAGAAAGGGUUUUAUAUUUGGAUUAGAUAUUUGAAAUGAGCCACUUGAAAGAAACGUCACUUACACAAUGAUUAGUUGUGUCAAAGUGUCUUUGUGGGCACCUUUCUUCAGGCCUUUGUGUUCUGAAAUAGCUUCUCUUUGUAUGGCUUCUGCUCGAAUGUAGAAAAAUGAACAGGAUGCUGUUUUUGGGGGGACAGAUGGACCUUUGCUGCUGUUGCUUUGUGCUGGAUCCCACAAUGAAAACGUCUUUAUUUUGUUCCAGCAUCUGGCUCUCAUAUCUAUGGAAACAUAUUGCAUUUAUUUUCUCUGAUUUUAAAGAGAAUUAAAGAGAUACUUGUUUUGGAUUACAGAAAAGUUAUAUUAAAAAAUGAAAACAGUGAAUGAGAAUGAUUUGGUGUUUAGUACCUGGGAGAUGUGGUUGAUGGAAGACUCUUUCUGAAUAAACUAAAUACUCAGCCUGGUUGUCCCUCUUGAGUAGUAAUCCUGAAUGCAUUUCAAAUGCAUUACCAUAUAGUCAUAUAACAUACCAUAUCGGCUCAGCUGAUCCGGGAGAAAAACUGAAACAUACAGCAGAUUAGAAUGUGCUGAACAGCUGCAAAGACCUAAGGCGCCUGUGCAAAGUCCCCAAAAUUAAAGAAACACAAAGGACUGUCUUCUGUGAUAUCCAAAAGCACACAAAAUAGUCUGCAACAACACUAAAGAUUUUUGUAGUCUAAUUUUUAAUGCCUGAAACCAAUAAGAAGGGUGAUGUGUCAGCUAUGUGGCUAUAUUAUGAUAUCACUUUAUAGAUAAUACUAGCUAAUAUUGAUAAAGUCUAACCUGCUAACAUACCCGGAUGAUGUGAUUUGGGAUCAGUUUUCUCUUCCAUGUAUACCACUCAAUCAAAACUGACACAAGCAUAAACAUUGUGCUCAUGCAUCAGUGUUUGCAUGUUUGGCUCUGAGCUGGAAGUUGAUGGAUGUGUUGUUAGGAAGGAGGUAGUAAACAAAAUGUUAAAAGAUGAGCAAAGGACCAAAAAAAAAAAAAAAAAAACUUUCCCAACAAACUGAAGCUUUAAGUGACAGUGUUUUUGUUAUUCAACAUACAUCCUGUCUGCCUCUUGUUCACCUGUUUAGGUGACUGUUGCUGUAUGCAUAAGAUUAACAGGUAGACCUUUAUAGUAACAAUCUUAGGGGGCAUGUCGCCACCUAACAUAGAAAAGGCAGGCAUGCCUCUGUCAAGAAUUCAGUUUUUCGCCCAGUGCAUGUAAACUUGGACAGGGACGGUAUCCAGUUAAAUUGAGCUAUGUUCGUACCUCGAUUUCUUUGCAGAUCUAAAUCUCGAAAUGAAAAUUGAUGUGUUCAAUUAGGGUUCUUUUAAACUGACCAUUUUUGUCCAAGUAUUAUUUUCAAGAAGAAUAUUUUUAUCUUCAAAUCUCUGCAAUGCCAACACUUGCAGGUCUGUUAGCUGCAAGUCCACUGUCCCAGUUUCACUAUCUUUGUACUGUCCGAUCCAUCAUUAUCUUAAACAGCCUGGGUUGGUGCUUUGGGUAACAUCCAUCUCAGUCGUCCCAACAAGGUCAUAAAAAGUGAACAGCAAUGAUUGAGCUGGAGCUGAAAUCACAGCAGCAUGGGAUCCAAACAGGCUGAAAUAAAAGGACUACAAAUAGCUUAGAUACCUCACACACACAACAGUACAAAUACAAGCAUUUACCUUCAGGCCACAUACUGGUCAUGUUUAUUAUAGACCAAGUGCUAAAUGCUCGGCUGAGUGAAUACUUUAAUCUCAUACAUUAAUGCCUGAAUGAGCCAGGCUGUUUGACCCCUAAUUAUAAUAUAUAUUCGUUUAUUUAUAGACACUUUCAGGGACACUUGUUGGCAGCAGUUAAAUCCUGUUUUGUGUUGUCUCACGCUCAUUACAUCUGAAUUUCCCCUCUUUGUUUAAUAGAUAAUCUUUUCCACAGUGGGUAAAGCAAGGGGUCUUGGAUGAAAGCUCAUGACUCAUUUUAAUAUUUCCCUCGUGUUGACCCACAAAAAAAAAAACCCUGGUCCCUCACAUGAUACCCCUCUGACUCAUGGCUGUUUCCUUCAUGACUCAUGAGGUUCAUGAUUUUUCACUGUCAGAUCUGGGGUUCAGAAUGACAUGCAGUCAGUCUGUAUUUUAGAUUUUUUUUCAAAGAUUGGAUCUGGUGAGGCUCAUACAAAAGCUUUUGUAUGAUAAUAUGUCGAAGCAGAAGAAAGUGUGUGGAGAUGAAGGAUGACCCAUGAUAAAUAAUCUGUAUUAUGGAUUUGUAAUUCGUUUUUGCCCUAAAUUGUGACUAGGAGUGUAACAUUAUUUUGAAAUUCUUUCUUAUUUCUCCUUCUUCCUUUACACUCUUAUUCUUGCUUUCCACUUUGUAGAGAUGUUUUCAGUAUGUCGAAUGUUCCUGGUUCUGUUUUUCAAAGCAUUUUGUGUUGGACUGAUUCACCAUGACAACAGUAACAUACCCUUGUCAGUUCCUGUCAUAAUGCUAACUUAGCCCACAGAGUUACACCCUCUAACUGUGUUUUUUUUUUUUUUUUUUUUUUUGACAAACUGUCAGACUACAAUCUGCUUGUCCACGCCACCUGCUGUCUCACCACACACCUUCAUCAGAUAACGGUGCUGCAGGUGGUUUGUAGAGAAGCAGGUGGACAGGUGGUCCUGUUGUAAGAGUGGUGUCACACUCUGCUGGCUGUUCGCCUCCUGUUACCACACACAGACACACACACACACAUGCACAGACACACACACCAAAUAAUUGUUUGUCUCCAGCUGUUUAGUCGUAGCUGAAGUCUUGUCCCUGACUGACACCUUGUUUUAUGGCUGAGUAUUAAAAAUAAAAACAGGCCCAAAAUAGGAUGAGAGAACAUCUACAGAUACAGCAACAGAUCAAAGUCAAUGUGAGCUGCAGUGAGCUGGUUUGAACAGGAAUAUUUCACAAUUUAUGAAAGCACAGCAGUUCCCCUUCUUGAGAAUGAAAUUUUGACAUCGCUCUUGUGCUGUAUCACUGAUAUCCUAAUUUAUCACUGUGUCACCUAUGAAGACAGAGCCGUGCAGUGAUUCACCUGGCAGUACAGACAUGGGCAACAUGUUUUAGCAAACUACAUCUGCAUUUCACAGCUUUUUCCACUGGUUCCACCAGGUUCUGUGAUACAAGAGAUACUGUAUCUGAGAUACAAGAGUAUUAUUCCCUGUCUUUGCAGCAUAUUCAAAAAAGAAAGAAAGCAAAGAAAACAAACACUGGUUGCUCUUAAACUGCACAACUCAUAAAAUUUAGAAACAAAUGUCACUCUAAUUUUCUUAUUGAUUGCCCUAAUCAUUUUGCUAAAAUAACAAAGUUUAUGAUCUAAUUGUUCACUGUUAGACAGACUGUACACGUCCAAUAAUUGCAAGAGAAAACCCCACCUUAACUUAGUUAGGUUUUUAGUUUCUAAAAGACAAGCUGUGCCUUCAUAAAAGAGUGUUUUUGACUGUUUUGAGUAGUAUGUAAUCCUCCAGAACAUAAGCAACAUGUUAUACACCCCAGAGUGCUUCUUUAUAUAUAUAUAUAUAUAUAUAUAUUUACAGUAUUUUUUUUUUUACAUUAAAAUGACAGUUAGUUUGAUUUAUCUUUAUUUGUCCCAAAUUGGUCAAACAAUUUGAUCACGAAAUUAAAAAUAAUACAAUUAUAUCUCUAUUGACAGUGCAAGACAUAGUCAGUAUGAAGAAAGUGUUUGGGAAAAAGGGCCAAAAGCUUAUCUGGUCCUGCCCUUUUCUUACAAUAUCGAGUAAUUUCACAAAAAUUAAACCCAUCACAACCUCAGAUUUUAACAUCCAUAUCAGAAACAACAAUUUACAUGUACUUUUCAACCUUCUCCAUGUUAUAAACACUAGACUGAAACACAGCAAAGACUGUUACAUUCACGAAACACACACUGUGGUUGUACAAUGAACAUUUGCGGGUAUUAGGAUAUGAAAAAGUAACAGGAUUAGCAUGUUUGGAUUUUGGUGCUGAGGGUGAAACAAACAAAGUCUUUUCCUCUUUGUGGUCACUUGCCAGUCUUGACUCUCUGUACUCUUAAUGAGAAAUUUAUCAAUAUUAAUUACGCUAAAUUCACUGCAACAGCUUUUCAUGAAGAUCAUUUCUACUCUUCCUUUGCCUUUAGUUUCCCUCAUUGGACUGGCAGUCCUCUUUGGAGUGUUACUCUGAGCAGCCUUAUUGUUCCUGUUUUGUUUCCAAACUAUAAAUAUGUUCAUUCAGUCCCUUUGCUAUUUAAAGGCAUCCAGAAACAGAUGGUUUGAGCAGCCGGGUGGGAGAUUUGGGAUCCUAUGAAAUGUCUUGGCAUUCCUGCUCACAGGGCUCAGCUCCCACCAUGCACCUGUCCCCUGAUGUCCAUCUGAGUUAUUCGGAAGUUAUGUUGUCCCCAGUCUGCCCCUCUGAGAGUCAUUUACACUCGUUUCUCAGGCCUUAAGAUCUCAACACAGCUUUGCAGUGCAGAGACAGAGGAGUAGGAAUGCUCCUGUCAAAUGUAGUUCACUCCUCGCUCACACUACUAAGAGAGUAACAAUGAGACUGCAGCAUUUCCUCCUGAGUGUUCUGCAGCUUACCUUACUUCCCUCUGCCAACUUCUUCAUUUCUUCCACCCACACAUCCUUCCACUGAUUUCUCAUUUGUUAGUUUUUUUCAUUUCCUGCCUGUGAUUGUUUUGCUCUCUCUCUCUCUCUCUUCCAGGCUCAAGACAAGAAGAAGGCCUUGGAGGAGACCAAGGCUUACACCACCCAGUCCCUGGCCAGCGUGGCCUACCAGAUCAAUGCCUUAGCUAACAAUGUGCUGCAGCUGCUGGACAUCCAGGCGUCGCAACUACGGCGCAUGGAGUCCUCGAUCAACCACAUCUCUCAGGUACACACGCCAUUCACAUUCCCAUUCACUAUUUCUGUCUUGUCUACUCCAGAGCAGAUCCUCACAAUAUGUUAGGGUGCAAUACAAACAAAUGAUAUGAUACUGAUCACUAUAAAACACACACUAUGACACACAUUGAUUUUGGAUAACAACAGUGUCCUACACAGACUUUACUUUAUGUUAGGGUACUGUUAACAAAUGAUGUUUUUAAAAAAGUAAAUAACAGCAAAAAUGUAGUUUCAAUGAUUCUUCAACUUAAAACCAGGGCUGUCAUGAAAAUUUGUAGAGCAAAUUCAAAUUAUUAACUUCUUGAUUAAGUUAUCACAUUUGAUUGCAUAUGUCAGUAUUCAACACUUAAUUUAUUUUAUAAAUUUUUAUUUAACUUAUUGAUUAAAAUCAAAACAGUUCAAUAAAUAGUAUUACACAAACAUUCCCAAAUGUGAAUGAAAGGGAGCAGAAAUAAGAACAGACUUAUAUAAUCUGCCUCUUUACCCCAAGAAAUCAAAUGACAAAGAACUUAAAAAACAACAACACAAUAAAUAUAAUAAUAAUAAAAUAGCUUUUGGCCAACACUGAUGGUAACUUUCCAUUUUAGUUCAACCAUCAAAUGUAACUAACAUAUUUCAUUAUAUUUACGUAACAUACUAGCCUGAGCACUUACAGGCCAGAAGCAGGUGUUGAUGUAAGACAUAGCUGCUAAGUAGAGGCGGGUGUGGUUAAUUUCAAAUUUAACUACCCUAAUCUUAAAACAUUAACUUUGAUGGUCUGCUUCCUGUCCUUCUGGAAUGGAGAUGGUCACUGGAAUCUUAGUCCAUUGAGAGAUGUAAUUCCAACACAGUACAUCCAAAAAGAUCCAUGGAUUAGAUCCAGUCUACACAGUCUGUGUUCUGACUCAAAUUGUCCAUGAUCCAGACGAAAUGGUACCAUGUAAGAGCAGGCUUUAUUUUGGAUCCUUCUUCUUUCUCCGGUUAACAACCUCACCAUAUUACUCCUAGCAGUGUAUUUUAAACUCCUUUUAGUGAUUCAGGUGAUUUAGCUCUACCAGAGCUGCUCUUCCAGCUCUCACAGCUCUCAAAUGACUCUUCAUAGCAUCAUUCAUGUGCAAGAGCUGGCUUUUAGAGCCAAGUCGUCCACAACCAACACAUUACUAUGCUUCCCAGCUUAGUGUGUGGACUGUUUGCUGCUACACUGCAAUGAAGUCGGUGAACUAGAAAAUGAGGACAUGGAAGAAAACUGAAUUUAACAAGAGUCAAAGGCUCGAGAUAAUCUUUUUGUUUAUUUAUGUCCAUGUGAAAAGGUGAUUAAAAAAGUAAGAGCAGUAAUUAAAAAUCACUGGAUUGGUUUGCCUCGCUCUCCUGCUACUCUAUCAUCAGAUUAACAGAUCAUCUUGCUAAAAUGUCCUGUGUAAUCAGAGACAGCAGUUUUGUCAUGAGUUAAACAUCCAGCUGGACAAUCUCCUUAUUGUAGCAUCUACGUAUAUUUCAAAUACAAAAAAACCCUGUUUGCUCACAGAUCACAAUCCAUUUAUUGAAAGGCUUUUACUGUUAAACAUCUGCAGCUUUUAUGAGUUUUUGCAACAGUAGUCAUGUAGCUUUAGGCGAGUAACUCAAAGUGAGCAAUUUAAUAAAUCAGAGAGAACAAUAAAUCUGUUGAGGGGAAACUCAGAGCAGCCGACUGAUAAUUGUCAUGUUCUUUUAUUUUGUUAAUAUAACAGCGAUGAUGUUGAUGGCCUAUGGGAAUGAGGGGGGUCUGAGUAGGGGUGUUCCCGUUUACAAAAUGCUGCCAUCCUUUAAGAAGAGGCGUGAUAAUGGAUUCAAAGUGUAGUUAUGAGGAUUCGCAGAUUUAUUUUUAAAGUGCAGACCAGAACCUGCUGAUGUUAUUCUGUGUCACUGUGCACACUGACACAUUGACACAUUAUACAGACAGACAGAUAUGGCACAGGGAGCAUGGAUCAUGCUGGAGCUGCCAAACCUCCACAGCCCCUCUCCUCUCUUGCUUCAUCAGCAGUCCUCUCUUCUCUAUCUCUCAUUCCCUCUCUGUGCGGUUCAUGUGGCCUCGCUGCCUGUCAGCCUGUGAAUGUCCCCGGUCGUCCCCUCCCUGUGAGCUUCAUUAAGCCUGUCAGGGAUGAAGUGAAAUCCUGACGCCAGCUCUUUUGCCCUGUUCACAUAUUCAGCUGGUGGUGAACUCCAUAGGCUCCAGAACCCAAGAGAGUUUGAUGCAGUCUGUUACAGAUUUACAAAGUUGAUUAUUGAUCCUGAAGAGAUGGUCAGUGACAGUCUAAUCUUGCUUUCCUUUAAUUCUCCUUCUUUAGAUACAAAAGCUCCAGAGCUUUAGUUGGUUGCCCUCUAAAACUCUGUGAUUAAAACAUAUUCUGUUGGGAUGAAUGCAUAUACCUUUAAUUUCAAGCUGCAUCAUCACAUUUAAUAUUGUCAGAGUAACAGCAUGGCAGGCUGUAGGCUUUUAGGAGCCUGGAUUGUUGACAAGGUUUUUACCAGGGGGUCAAAUUCCAGCAGAGGUAACCCCCUCUCACAAACAAAUAGGGGCUUAUUUUUCAAGCAGGUAAAAACAAGACAAAGUAGUUUCGCUCAAAGCUCUUGAAGGAGUUUUUUUUUUGAUGUUUAGGAAAUAGACUCAAAUUUAUAUUGAUGCCUUUUUAAAAUACCCAAAAGCAAACCAGACCAUCAGCAACUUGAUCUUUGGUUUUUAUAAAGUAUGUUUUAAUGCCCCCGGUGGAGGAAGGUGUCUGUUGAGCUGUUGAAGAAACAGCCCCAUUUUUAUGACUCAUACUAAAAAUAUGCACUGGAAAACUGCACAUAUAUUUGAGGGUCAGAAGUCAGCACAAUGGGAUUUUUGGUUAGAAGACACGACUACAAUAAAGCAUGUAGAAGAAAGGAUAAGCAGAGACUGAUUUGUCCACAGGGGGCGCCACAAUGAACACAAACCUAAAGAUCUUUUACAGUAGCUUAAAAAUGUCGUUUUUCAUCCACUUUACUGAUGACGACUUUAAAUGAUAGGGUCUAUAUAACGGGAUUUUGCAGGUAAACAAGUAUGCCAGUAUUUUCUUUUUUUUUUAAUUUUUAAAUGUCUCUCCCAUUCUUGAAUUUACCAGUUACUUUUCAUGUAAUAGUCUAUUUGGUUUAGAAACAGAAAACUAACAAUCAAAACCUGAUUUUCCUGUAAAUGAUCAAUGUCACUCUUUUUAAGUACAAGUAUUUAGUGAUUAAAAAAAUGAAGAUUUAUCAUUGAUUACAGUCAUCAAUUUACCAGGCAGUGAGGCUCAACAAAUUUUCAGGACUUACACUUGAUGUGUGUCUGUCAGCAGUGAAGCUGAUACAAGCUGGGAGCUUCUUUAUGUGGCUGAAGACAAAGCGUUGCAGUUCAGGUGAGAAGUAACACCAGUUGGACACAGCACAGUGUGGCUCCAAGGACAUCAUUAGCCUGUAAAGCCGCCGUCUUCCACCACACCUGAAAGGAAUAUUUCUCUUCAGCUCCUUUACCUUUUAAUGGUUUCUUGCUGCUUGAUUUCUUAGCUCUGGUAAAGAACUGGAGUAGAAGCAACUGACAGGUUUUCACUGACACUUUUUUGCUCUUGCUUUUCACAAAUUAUUGGUGAUGUGUAAGAUGAUGGUUCUUGAGAUGAACAGGUAAACUGGCAGUGUUAAAGGAGGCUUGUUUUGCUCGUCUGUGCUUCAUUAGCUUUGCAAAGAGCUAUUUUGUUGUCAGUUUCUAUCACUUCAUAAUAAUAAUAAUGCAGCUGACACGUUGAAGCAAGCAAGUUGCCAUCAUGUGCACUCAGUUAAUGCCUCGCUUUGUUGGUUAAAAACCUCACAGAAAUUAUAUUUUUAUACAUGCUGACACAGAUGUUCUGUAAGCUGGAAUUUGCCAAAACAGAUAUGUCAAUAAUGUUGUGAAUCCCUGUUGAAACACCAAGAUACCAGUUUGCUUUAUCAAUACUAGGGGUGUCCUGAUACUACUUUUACUUCUGACACAAUUCCAAUAUUGUAGCCUUCAGUAUUGGCCAAUACCGAUAUUGAUCUGAUUUGGAUCUAGUUUUUGCACUAAGCUGGAACGUCUUUUUCGGACUCAAACAAAAAAUACUGCCACACAGCCGACAUCACUCCUACUCCUUGCUACUUUGUUAGUACCUUAGUACCUUAGUACACACUAUUGUUGUGAUUACGUGGGCUCUGCAUGCUGGAUCUGGGUGCUGGUGAGGUGCUGGAGUGGAAUCUGGAAUGGACUGCUUGUAUCAGAGUGCUGAUAUCGGAGAUUCUAGAUGCAGUCUGAUAUAAUUUAAUAUUUUUGGACCGAUAUCCAAUAUCAAUAUGGGUCCGGUAUCAAUAUCGGACCCAUAUUGAUACCGAUAUCAAUAUUGUAUCAGGACAUCCCUAAUUAAUGCAUGACUUACGGCCAGUAGGCCUAGAACCCAGUCAUUUACAUUUAUUAAUUUAAAAUGUGACACAUGAAGGCUGGAGUAAGUGUUUCUGAUGGUGUGUUGACCUGAAAAAAAAGAAACCUGUUGUAGAAUCACUGAUUCAGCUAACAAAUAAUCAGUCAAUUAGAGAGACUUUCAUCAGCUGACUCGACAUUUAACUUGAGUAGCAACAGUAACAUUUAAACAACAGAACAAUAUCAACUAUGUCCACACUGAGUGCACCAGUGCAGCCUGUUUGCACAAAGCAAGAACCAUAUUAGCAAACUGACUGUAAUGAUCAUUCAAUCAGGAACAAUUUUUGACUGUUGAGUAGGCCUGUCGCGAUAAUCAAUAAAUCGCCUUAUCGCUCGAUAAAUAAAAACGAGGUCGAUAACUUUGCCAGCCUCGAUAAUUGACGUGCGUUUGUUUUCCUCCUCUCUCGCUACCAAACACGCUGGAUGAGAGAAGAGGUCUCACUCUGCGCAUUGUUCUCGGCACCUGGGGGCGUUGGCUCUAUAGCGGAAUGAACGGAGUUAGUGAACCCUCCUGUCAGUCAUUCAGUAUCUUUGUCACGAGGGGGCUGGCGCGCACAAGCACACAGACACAGACUUUUUGGAUACAGUGCUGCAAGUGCGCGUCGUGAGUGAAAAGCAAGCUAACAGAAUGAACACGACAGCUUUGGUGUCUAAACCGAACGCAACAGCCCAAGUGUGGGAAUAUUUCGGCUUUAAACCAGUUUUGUUUUCGUCAACCACAAAACUCGUGUGUGUGUGCGCGCGCGCGCGUGCGUGUGUGUCUGUGUGUUGGAGGAGCACAGCAGGCUGAUGAGAGCUGUCAGAGCGGACUGAAGCUGCUCCUAUAUGUUUAGCGUUUAACUGACUGAGUUUUGCAACUCUGUUCGUCAUUUUCGUCUCGUCCCAUCAACGUAAACGCACUUUCGUCUCGUCACAUUUUAGUCAUCUCCGACUUAUGUUUAGCUCGUCAACGUUACGUCUUCGUCGUGGGAGAAAAGGGAAAUAUUUUAGUCUACGAAAACAACCAGUGUUGUUCUCGUGUGGAAAUUAAAGUUUAUCACUUUUGACACGGUGUACUCGCAUUAUUAUGCCAUAUAAUAUCAUUAUCUAUAAUUUAAAAAAUGGUGUCAAUAAUAUCGUUUAUCGGCGAUAAUUUGUAGCACAAUUAUCGUCCAGCAAAAUUUGUUAUCGUGACAGGCCUACUGUUGAGUUAUCUUAUUACUUAAACUUUCAUCAAGACAUGUUUGUGAAAUCAGUUUCAGAAAGUAGGGAUCCUCUAUGCAGUAGAUAAGAGCACUCUAAAAGUCAAGAAGUUGAGGGUUUGGUUUAUUUUAUUUCUUUAUUUCAGGAACUUCAGAACAAACAAUUCUUAUUAGGACAGGAACUAAAGUCAUCGUCAUGUAUUGUUACCAAAACAGCUCUCUUUUCUCUAUGUCAAAUAGACAUAGAGGCUCAUUAUAGAGCCAUCUGAUAGACAUAUAAUACAGGGUAGAAAGUAUCAUUACAUGGUGGUCUGUGUUGCCAAAGCACCUCUCUCUAAGCUGAUAUCUCAGACACAGAUCGUUUGGAUGCUCCUCAAAAAGUUAAUUCACUCUAACACGCAUCUUCACAGGUACAGCAUGUCCACAGGGCUCCAUUCAUCAACCUGAUGGUGAUGUGUCCAAGAAAUUAAAUUGUCACUUGCUUUGUUCUUGCCAACUUUUUUCUGGCUUGAACUGUGCAAAUUGUCUGGGCUAGAAAGAGUUAAAAUGGGAUUACAGAGGGAGAAGGUAGCCAGACACUGCUGCCAAAUCCAUGGCCCAUCUCUGCAGGAUUAAAAAGCCCACAGCAGAGGAGGCUGUCACAAAAUUGUACAAGAAACGCUGGUUUCCAAAAUGGAAAACAACAGUGUGUUUUAUCAAAGCGAAGCUGGUGCAGCUUUGCAUAUGUGUGUAUUUGCAGUUCAAAAGUGCAGCGAGUGUGAGGGCUUCUGUUGUGAUCCAAACAUUAAAGAGCUUCCCAUGAGUCUCUUUGCUGCUCUUUUCCAUUUCCUCAUUUCUUACCACAUGCCAGUUCACCAUCUGAUUCAUCUGUUCCCUUUGUAUCAGACGAUGUCAGUUAUCAUGAACGACCCACAUGUGUGUCCUUUUCAAUUAGUGACAUCCUCUUCAGACAAACGGAGGGUAUUAAAAAUAAAUGAGUGUAUGUGUGAGUGUAAAUUCAGACACAGAUAUGAACAUUUCUACUCUAGAGUUUGUUUUUGUUGUUACUAAGUCAUUAAUGAGGUCAUUUUAUAUGAAGUCACACAUCUGCUGACACGCCUUUGAAUCUCAGUACAGACUACAUCAUAGUGACCUCCUGCCAGUUCUACUUUGACUGAAGGAAAAACAUGUUCCACUGUACUGCUGGGGGGAUAAUCAUAGCUGAAUGCUGAUGAAUGAGGCAGAACGCACCAACAAAAUACAGCAGUGAAGCUGCAGCUGCUUCAUCUGCUCUCAGACACACACAGCUGAGGUUGAGCAGACACACAGACAGAGAGACAGACAGAUGUUUAAUAAUGAGAUUACACAGAAAAUGAGAUCGAGAGCGUUCAGGAAGAGCAGACAGAGGUCUGUUAGAGAAACAUCCAGACAUGCUCACAGUGAACUGUUUACUGUAUUUGCAGUUCUGCACUUGUAUAGAGGAAUGCUGAAAUAAAGCUGACGGAGUGCAGUGUAUAUCUGCAGUUAUGAUGUACUAUUUUAAGUGUUUCUUGAGUGAUACUACAGCACAGAUGCACUGCAAAAACCCAAAUCUUAGCGGGUGUUUUUGUCUUACUUCCAGUAAAAGUAUCCUAUUAGGCUUGAUUGAAGCCUCAUUCACCCCACGAGUCCAAAAGAAUGUCUUAGUCCGAGAUAAUAGGUGCCAAAAAUAAGACCUGAAUCACUUGUCAUGAGUAAAAAAGAAAAAAUGUACUUGUCAGGUUCUUGAAAUAAAACUUUUUCUCUUAUUUCAAGAGUUUUAAAAAGAAAAGGUUUACUCAUUACAAGCAAUCCAAGUCUGAAUUCUGGCACAUAAUACCUCAAAGUAAUACAUUUGUGUUGUUUGUUAGGUGAAUUUGGCUCAAAUUUUGGCCACAAAGGCAUUUUUUCAUCAGAAAUAAGACAAAAACACUCACUUAGAUUGUAGUUUUUUCAAGUAUAUGGAGGAAACGCAGCAUAAAUUAUGAGUCCUAAAAUGUUCAGUUUACUUCAAAAUGUCUGCUCUCUCCUCCAUUCCUUUCCUAAGAAAUGUAAGAAUCUGCUUCUAGUUUAACAUGCAGCGUUUCCUCUCUCUAUCCCUUUCAACCCCGUCUUAUAGCUGUGUCUCUGAAUCUGUUGUUCUCAGUUUCUCUAAUCUGCGCUCCACCUCUGCUCAGCUAUCACUUGCAGGAAAUAGGUGGUGUCUUUCUUUCGAACUUCCCAGCUGAAGCCGGGGCGUGUCGCUUCAGUUUCCUCUCCAGCUUGCUCUCUAAAUAUAUCUCACAUGCAGCUACCAGACUACACAUCAGACAGUCACAGAGUUUUUAGGAGGGAGUGGCAGUCUCUGGGUCACACCUUUCAGACUUUUGACCUCUCAGUUCACUCAGAGAGAGAAGCUGCCGCAGCAGAGGAGCUGCAGGGUUGACUGGGUGAGCUGUUGAGCUGGUGAUGGAUGCGUGACUUUGUAGCCGUGCAUGCACACACAUCCACACACACACACCCAGACUUGUCAUUUUCAUUUCAGAUAAGUCUCUUCUAAAAUCCGGUAGGCUGUAGCUCAUCUAGAAAUACAGACAUAGAUUCGAAUACGUCUCGUCUAAGCCUCAUUUUCACCCAGCUUUCAUCUUUCAUACCUGAGCUGGUAUUCCAGAAAUGAAGCCGUCCAUCCUCCCCCAUACCUUCACAGACAACCACAUCAGCCUCCCUCCUCCUGCCAGUGUCAUUCAUCAUUCAUAAACUGAAAGCUUGUACGUAAAGCGCCCACUGUGGAUGGGUGCUGUGAGCAAUGAUGACUGUAAUCCCAGCGGAGAUGGAGGUCACAGUUGUUUACGAUCACUUCUGGUGAAAGGGGUUGAAGGGGCGCUUCGUCAAAUGGGCCCUGGGGUGCAGGCCAAUAGAGCAUCAUAGUGGGUCAAUAGGAGUUCAGCGAGGCCCGAGGGUUUGGAAAUAAGAGAGACAUUUACCGAAAAACAUGCUUGAGUGUCAAUAUUGGUGCUUUGAGUGGUUGUGGAUUCUUAUUUCACCUGCCUGUCUCGGGUGCUUCACAUUAGCUCUUUCUAGAUCCAGUAUUUUUAAGAGUGCUGUCAUGUUUUAGGUCAUAUUGUACUGGAAUAAGCUGACACUACACUUAACUUAGUCAAUAAAUAAAACCAGUCAUUAAAAACAACAAUAGUAAAGAAAUGGUGUUACAAGAAUGGAGUGAGUUUGGGCUUUAAAUAAGAUGUCAUAUGUGCAUAUUGAAAACCAACUACCAUCAUCUGUAGGCGUUCUUGAAAAGAAAAUAGGACUCCAGUGAUACACUGGUAUUGAUCUUAACUUAAAUAUAGAUCUUGUGCCAGAAAUAUGCAUAUGGAAAGACCAUGUAAGCAGCUGGAUCAUAGAGGAGGACAUAAGUGUUUUGUUUUGCUUGUUGUCAUUUUUCAUAAAAUAUAUAUAAAAAAGAUGAAACAGAAGUGGGAGAAAAAGACUCAGUAACCGACUAGCUAGAUAGUCUAAACAAAAGUGUGCAGCUUCUAGUGUAGUGAAAAUCAUUUCAGAAAGAUGACACCCACAUCCAUGCCAGUCUUGGAGCUCGUGGGUUUUGCUAACAAAAAUGUUAUAGAUGAUCAAUUAAUCAAACUGUCUUUAUUUAAACAGUCCCAGUUUAUAAGUGAUGAAUUUAGUAUGUUUAUAUAGCGUUUUCUCUUGUCUUCUGACCACUCAAAGUGCUUUCAGAUCACAUGUCACAACCGUCACAUGCACCAGUUGCAUGUCACAUUUUACUGGUGCACAAGGACAAGAGUAUGACAAAAUCGAGAACAAUCUUACCUUAAUUAAUUCAAUCGAUUAUUCAUUCAGUUCAUUUGAUAAUCAGUUGUGAGGAGGAAAAAUUGAUGCUAUAAUAGCUCUACCUGUAAGAACUUCUUUUGUUGAUUUACUUGUUUUUUUUUUUGUUUUUUUUUUUACUCAUGUGUAUGAACAUGAACUCCUCAAAUGAAAAGUUCUUACUGCAACAAUAACUGAUGGGGAUCCACAGGAAAUAAAAAAAAUCCCAAAACAUGAGCUGAAAAAGUCAAGAUAGUAAUGUCAAGGCUUUGCUUGCAUGUAUAAACUAUAGUUUUGCCUUUCACAGGCUGAUAAAAAUGUACUUGUGCAUUUUCAGGUGAAUGCUCAUCCUGAAGUGACCCUGAACAACAGUUGUAAAAAAGGUUAAAAUCAAACUAAAUAGAGUAAUAAUGAAUUUGUAAUGAAAUUGAAUAUGUUAAAAGGUGAAGAAAUGAAAUGAAAGAGGUCCUCAGACAAAGCCAUGAGGAACCCCUCGAUGUUAAUCACCUACAUUUUUACAAUGUUGCAUUUUUCCUGCUGCAACUAUUUGAAUACUUUGAGAUGGGCUUUAAGACAUUAAAUGCUUCAGCAGUAUACUGUUAAGCCAACCUUAGGAAAUGAAACACUUGUUGCAGGUAUUUGAUGGUAGAUUUCCAUCAGACAAGGAAAGGAAGGUGAUCAUUCACACUGAGCUUCUUGCAUGUUUUUAGAUCGAGCAAAUGGAGGGAGUGUCAAGUUUGCAUUCAAGACAAUAAACUGUAAUAGACCCUGGUGAAGGCUCUUAGUAAAAUAUAACCCAAUCUCUUUGUGAAACAGGAGAAGUAAGAGGUUCUAUUUUGACUUAAGUGAAAGUCUGUCAAAAAUAAGGGCAGCUUUUAAGCUUAAGAGGAAACAUUUAAAGUGUUGUGACCCUCUUUUAUUCCCACCACUCACUCUCCUCUUCAUUUCUCUCCCCUGCAGACUGUGGAUAUUCACAAGGAGAAAGUGGCACGUCGAGAAAUCGGCAUCCUGACCACAAACAAGAACACCUCCCGUACUCAUAAGAUCAUCGCCCCCGGCAACAUGGAACGACCGGUGCGCUACAUCCGAAAGCCUAUUGACUACACGCUGCUGGAUGAUGUGGGGCACGGCGUCAAAGUAAGAAAUAUACCCAAUAAAAGCACACAUAAUUUUAUGAAAAACAGACUUACUUAAAGACAAAUUAACUUUAUGUGUUCAUAUGAAAACCUUCUUAAAAAGCAUUUCCUCUCUAUUCAGGCUCCACCACAACCAGACUGUUGCAGCUAAAUCCCAAAGUCAUUACUCAGAUAUCUCGACAGGAUUUUUAGAGUUGAUCAAUUUGGCUGGACAGCAAAACACGCCCUUAGUGGAGUUCAUACCUUGUACCCUCAUGUGAACACAGUAGCUGUCUGCUUCUAUAAAUCACUUCAGCACACAUCCACUAACACUUAGAGGUGAUCAAUACGCAGGGCUUUUAGUUAAUGAAGUACAGAAACACCGACACAUGUAACACUCGUAGAAAAACGAUGAUCAGACCAAAAAAAGCUUUACUUGACAGAUGUUUUGUUCGUGCACAGUAACAACUCGCUAAACGGGAGGUACUGUUAAUGAAAAGUGUGAGCAAGAGAGACACGUCUUGGCCAAGUGCUACCCACGCUGUCACGCCCCAUGAUUGAUAGGUGGCAAAAUACUCUUCAUCACUUUUCCUAUUUUCUUUUAAUGUUUUAUUCUCCCUCUCCACAUGAUCCAUCCGCCACCUCCCCUCCUCUCCUCCUCUGCCUCACACACGGUUUUGUGCAUUGAUUGCAGCAGAAAUGUGUGUGACACCAGCGCAUUCGCGUCGGCCUCUUCAUCCCCGUCUGUCUCCGUUAAGAUAUCGGCUGUCUGCUGAUUUUCAAACAUCCGCUGAUUCAAAUUCAAAAUGCCACGGUUUCCUCUUCUGAGAGCUGGCUCACACUGAGGCAGAUUUUUGGCAUGGCCUGCUAUGCAAAUGAAGCAUCAUUCAUGGGCGCUACGAAUGAUGGAUCUCUGCAGGAAUCAGUGAAGAUCAGAGAGGAUGAUGCAGGGAAAAAAAUCAGUGCAACCUCUUUUCCUAUUCAAGUCCACCUACAUUGGAAAGUUGAAGCUUAUACUGAAAACAUUUUAACAAGCAUGAGUCAGAUUUGUGUAAAAGACCGACUCAUUUCGGGAGUCUACAUUUGGGGAGCACAAUUCGAUCAUGUGUUGUUAUGCUGUUUUAGGUUAGAUAGUAUUCUUAGAAAAGCAGAGAUUUUAGUAAGAGGUAGAUUCUUGACUCGUGGUUCAUUAGAAAUUCUCUCAGAUUUCUGUCUGGCUCCGUGUGUGUGUUUUUGUUCAUGGAUGGUCCUGCACUUGUCUGGCUUGGUGCAGAGUGAAAAUGCAUAUCACAUUCCAUAUCUUUCUGCCAAAGCCUCCCUCUCUCGCACAUGUUUGUGAAUAAUUCAGAAGGGCCGAGAUCAUUUUCUACUCAAAGCUUCAGCAGACACAACAUUCACAAAGCAGUGAUUAUUGAGGUCCUCUAAUGCAUGUGUAUUUGCUUUAAUGAUUUCACACAUGUUCAUGUGGUGUUGGUGCUCACUAGGGCUGUGGAGAACUCGUCGACUGGUCGACUUAUUGGUCGAUACGUGCUUAGUUGACCAAAAUUCUGAUAGGUCGACUCGAUUUUUUACAGUCUGUGAUUAAUUUCAUCAGGAGGAACGUACCAAGUGCUAAUGGGGGUGUUUUCAGAGCACCCUCGUUUCACAGGUAACAGCCUGUCUCAAAACACCCCCCUUGUUUUCACCAUUUCGGAUUCAUCCAACCCACUGGAGACCAACUGGAGGGAGGAAGAUUGAAGAGCGUCCACGUUAGUGAUGGGAAGAACAGUUCUUUUGACUGAACUGAAUCUUUAGAAUCCAUUCAUUAAAACGAUUCGUUCACUUAAAUCAGUCAGUGCUUCGGAGCCCCAUCCUGCUGGUGCAGUACACGACUGAGUGACACAGCGGCGAGUUCAUUCAUUGAACGAGCCCCUCCCCUCCCCUGCCGCUGAAGUCACUGUUUUGUUCACUCGGUGACACAUGUCGUUCAUUCGCCAAGUCGUGAAGAAAGAAUCACUCCCCUGCCCUAAAAAACUCACCUCUCUGUGUAUCGCUGUCAGCGAAGACAACACAGCUGCAAGCAGCACGCCUUAGACGAGUGCUAAACGAAAUGUGGAGAGAUUAGAAAUAAAUAAACAUGGCAGCUGUAUCGGAGAUUCUGCUACUUUAAAAGAUAUGAAAUACCGUAUUGCUUUAAAUCAGCUGAAAUUAAAUCCUUCUUGCAGGAAAGUUUAUACAUAUGUAUUAAUGCAAAGGCACUAUAAUGCACUGUUUUUAUCUUAGCCUCAGUGAAUGAACCAGUGUUUGGCAGUUCGUGAACGAGGCUACACCCCUCCCUCCUCUGCCUGCAUCAAGUCAUUCGGAAGUCAUUUGUUUCAUUCACAGACUGACUGAUACAUAUCGCUCAUUCGCUGUGAGCAAAUCACAAGACUCCGCCCGCCCGCCUGCUCGCUGGCUGUGUGUCGUCAAAGAGUCAAAGGUGGUAAUUCCACUCCCCACCGGCAUAUCAGGCUUGCGGCUGAGCUCAACUGAACUGAGAAAGGAACGAAUCAGGUCUCAGAGUGAUUCCAUUCACGUCGCUCACUCGGCAGUUCCAUUCUUUUGAAUGAAACGUUUAUGAACGGCACAACACUAGUCCAUGUUUAUAGAUGUCUAGUGGUUUGCUGAUUAUUUAUAUUUUAGCCUUUUGUGUUAAGUUGCCUUCUUGUGCUGAUAUUAGUGUAUUUUCACCCCGCCAAGCUGCACUCUGCCGCACCGCGCCGUUCCCCCGCCACAGAAGGGUUUGCAGUCAGAGUCGGAAAUCCCCCUCUGAUUAGUCAAUUUUUGGCUGAAAAUUUCAGGGUUUUAGUCAACCAAGAAUUUCUUUGGUUGACUACAGCCCUAGUGCUCACUGGAGCUCAGUCCUUGCAGCCUAAUUUGCUCCUGGCUGUAGUGAACUACAUCAUGCACUGAAGGCGUGCUCAUCUCCCCUCCACCUCUGAUGCACAUAAGCAGAGGAACUCACCCAUGGACAGAUGUGAAGUCAGAGUGGAGCAGGGACAGACCCAUUCACACAUUUACGGAUGACUGUGCUCGCCCCCUCCACCAUUACAGCCUUUUAUUAGCAUUACUGCCAGUAACCAGGGCGACAUAGUUUCAGCCACUCGGUCAGUCCCGACCCCUCUUUGCUGUUAUUUAUGACCUCAUCCUGCUUUACGGCCCUGUUUUAUUUUGUGUUAGUGCAGCACUUAGAGCGCCCGCACACAUGUAGCUCAGGCACUUCUCAUUAUUUCUGAUGCAUCUGCCAGUCCAAGGGUUUCUCUUACUCGUCUAGACACUGCAGCACAGAGAAAAGACCUACAUACAAACAAUCUGGGCUGAGGAGAAUUUUCACAAUGUAUAUUUGAUAAAGACUAGAGUGGGGAUUUCAUUUUUUAUUUUCAGCUCACAAAAGGGAACAAAAGGAAGUCAUUUCUUCCUGUGCGUUAUGAAAAAAACCAAAUUGGGUUGUUUGUUGUGGGUUUCGUUUGCUAGCAGGUUUCUGAAUGUAAAUGUACAGAGCCGACAGCAAAAUUGUUAAACACUUUCACAAGUGUUACAGAGAAAAUAACACCAGAUAGUUUGACUUUCAUACGGCUCUAAAAUGACUGUUUGGUUAGUCAAGUUGUUUGAAAUGAUAUUAACUAACAUUUUUAGAGCCAAAUCACCACUCUCUGCUUUCCUUUCUGUUCCUCCCUACUUCAUCUGGGCUUUGUGGGUGUCAGGCUGCUGGUUUAACAAAAAAGCACUUUGAAUAAAUCUUUCAAAGUGACAUUUUACCACAGCGUUCUGUUUUAUAUGACAUUUAAUAAACUAAAAGGAUCAAACCUACAUGAAAUGGCAAUCUCAUAAACAUAAAGUGUGUGAUUCAUGGCUUCAUUUACAGAGCUGUAAUUAUGCUGGUAAUGUAGUCAGUCAUGAGUUAACCAGAUAAAUGUAAACACAUUACUUUGAUUGUAUAUUCAGCAUUCAUUAAACAUUAAAGGAAGGACCGUCUGAAAUGUAAUUACAUCUGAACUCUCUGUGAUGCAGGAAAUGGUCUUAAACACAGAUAUAAGGCCUCUCAUUAGUGUCACUUUGUAGCUAUUCACUCCCUCUGUCCUUUCUUCUGUCUUUCUGAUGCUCCUCAAACGUAUAAAUGAAUGUUACAUUAAGGGUCCAUUAUUUCACUUGCUUCCACCCGUCCUACUUGUUCAGCUGUCUUUAAUUCUGUCUUCUCUUUUUGCCUGCUUGCACUCAGUGGCUUAAGGCCAAGGUAAGUCAUGAAUGUCUUCUCCUCUUUUUGUCCUUUUUGAAUAAAAAUCCAAAUCAUCCAAGGUCUACAUGAAGCUUUUUUUAAUUUGUAAAAGCAGACACAAUGUGGUAAUUUAUAUACAUUUGCACUUUAACAGUAAAUAACAGGUUCAACUCAAUGCAUUUGUUACCAUCAGUGUAGGAUACUCAUGAAAGGCGACUCAAAGCCAUUUUUUUGGACAUAUCUGAGCCCUGUAUGUCUUUAUCUGUACACCUAUUGCAGACUGGGUUCCUUUUACAUGUAGGUUACUGGCUUGUAAACAUGAUCAUAAGCCAACAAAUUAUACAAAGUUCACCUUCUAACUUGUCUCUACUCCUCUAGCAACAUGGGAACAAUGCAGCAGGACGAGGAGGCACGAUUUCCAGGACCAACCCGCCUACACAGAAACCUCCAAGCCCCCCCAUGGCCGGUCGUGGUACCCUCGGGUGAGCACUCGCAGAAGAAAUUCGAGUCGCUAAAUGAUUUCAUAAUGUUAUUAUUCUUAAAUCUUUUCUAAAUGAUAAAAACGGAGGCUUAAAUGUACUGUCUUUGUGUUGCUUCUCUAUAUCCAGGCGUAACACUCCCUACAAGACUCUGGAGCCAGUGAAGCCUCCUGUGGUGCCCAAUGACUACAUGACGAGCCCGGCUCGGCUGGGCAGCCAGCACAGCCCUGCACGCACAGCCUCGCUCAACCAGAGGCCCCGGACACACAGGUAACACAGACCAUCUCUCCUCGGGAACAAAACUGAAUAUCUUCAGUGUUUGGACAGCUUUGUGAUUUGUGUAGACGAGUCAAGAACUUUGCGAAGUGAUUGACUCUUCUCAUCGUAUUUCUGUGAGAGGGACUAUAAAAUUAACAGUGUCCCAUAAUCAGAGUCAUAAUUUCUUCAACUCAAAGGCUAACACAGUUGAGAGUGUUUAAUCGUGUGUUUUAACCCACUCAAAGCCUUUUUUUCUUCUUCUAGUUAAUAAAAUUUAUAACAGCACAGCAGGACAAAGAUGUGAGUCCUCUUCAGCCUGAAUGAAUUAAAAAGCCUAUUAUUCAGUUAAGCGCCUGAUAAUCAUAGUCAUUGUUUUAUUACAGAGGAGAAAAUCCAUUUUACCUGUUCCCCCAAAACAAAGAACCACAUCAGUAUUCAAGUGUGUAUUUGUAAAAUGAAGUCCAUAUUUCCCAUGAAUCUCUGCUUAACAAAGACCACGUUUGCCAAAGCUGUCCCUCUUUAUCUCUUAUCGGUCUUUUUCUGAUGGCUAAACUAAUGUUUUAAUUUUCAUUUUAAGCAGUAAUAAUUUAUUCAUGUUCAGAAUCUAAUUAGUUUUCAGUCAGAGCGUCUGAGAGUGAACGUGGCUCUCCAUCCUAAAUCCUAAAAAAAAACAAAACCUUGGCUCUUGGAUUGUUUUUGUUCACAGCAAAUGUAUCAGUGUGCCGUCAGAUUUGUGCCCAGUGCUCAUGUGUGAACACUCAGCAUAUUCACAAGGCUGUGAAUCUGUCGCCACGGUGAUGGGGGGGAUAUUGUUCUACUGAAUGACAUAUGACUGAGUAAUGAUGGGAUGUCAGAUGCUGUCAUGUAAUUAGGACUGUCUCCCACAUCCUCUAAUGAUCUCUGUGUACGUGUGUUUUUCUGCAGUGGCAGCAGUGGGGGGAGCGGCGGCAGGGAGAACAGCGGAGGCAGUGCUGUUGGAGUCCCACUGGCAGUUCCCACCCCCUCUCCUCCCAGUAUGGGGCAAGGUGAGUCUCAGCAGCUGUAACCUUUCACAGGUGAAACCCGUCACAGGUGUCCACAGCAGGACAUCGCUGCUGUUUACAGUGUUGAAUAUUUGAAGCUCUCAAGUCUCUGGAUCUCACUUGUCUGAUAUAUCCGGCACAGUUUCUCUCAUUUAAAUAGCGUGACCACUUAAAAUGGCUUUUAUCAGGUUAGAUUAAAAGGACUGGAAUAUAACAAUUACUCUGGAUGAUAACACCAUAACUAAAAAAUACUUUUAUUAAAGCCCUUUUAUGUUUUUAACAUCAACACAAAGACACAUGGUUACGAUGGGUUUAUACUAGUGUCUGUACUUGAAAACAAUGUGAAGAUGUAUUUUUAUCAUCUGUUUGUAACUGUUUUGUUCAAACGCACAUAAAGCACUGUAAACUCUGGUGUUUAAGAUGUUCUUUUCAUGCUUUUUAGCAGACUUUCACUGCAGACUAGUCGACACGCACCACAUUUCAAUGCUUGUCUCCCUCCAUAGAUCAUUAUUUAUACAUUGACCAAAAACUGGUGUAUACCUUGUAGUGAUUGACCACGAGACAUGAAUGGCACUACUCUUGGUGAUUUGUCUGUCCAGAUAACAACAAUGCUGUAGGCUGAGCUCGACAACUGUAGCAGGCAGGGUGGUGAUAACAGAUGUUACUAGAAGGGCUACACUUCAGCACAGAAACUGCCCCAUUGCUGAGGCAGUGGAAGUCAUUUGAAAGUCAUAUUUAUUAGUGUAAUUGAAUUAGUGAAUAAUAUUCUGAUUUUAAAAAUUCUUCUGUUUCCUUCAUUUGAAACAAGCCUCUCAUAUCUACAUAUGGUCAUGUGUCCCUACGUUUCUGCAGUGGCAGACAUACUUUACCCCGUGUGAACUUAAUUUGAAAAGACAAGAGCAGUUGAUGUCAUGCAUUUUUUUUUUAAAUCAAUCGAGGUUUUUAACAGUACAAAGCUUGAUCAAAGGAGGAUCAUACUUAUCAUGCAUCACAAGAGCUUCUUGUCCUCAAACGCCACCAUGACUUCACAGACAGAAGGGGUGAGCAGCAUUUCAAUCCAGACAUUCACUGCUAUAUGUUUCUGCACACUGUACCUUAAAAAUCUGCUGCACAGAAAAAAAACUUUACCCUGGCUGAGAGAAAAACAGGGAAAUCUGACAGAUUUACAGAGAUAAUGACUGGUUUCAGAUAAAAAGAAUUACACUGUACAGUUUUUAUAUUUUUUAUCUGUUGCCCAUAAGUCCAACCACAGUGUUGUCCUAGUGCUUCCAUCUCAAAUGAAUAUUUUCAACCAAAAGCAGCAUCCUAUUUUUCCUUCUUCACAUGUAAACUUAGGAUACAUGUUUAACUAAAGUUCUUUGUAUUCAUAUUCAUCUACUUCAUAUUAAGAAAUUACAAUCUCACUUAAAAAAAACCCUUCUCCUUGCAGUCAGUGGGUCUGCAGUUUUCCAAAAUAACAAACUUCUGAUGCAUUUUUGUAAGACAUAAAAAUAAAAAGCUCCUUCAGGUUUGUUGUAGGAGGACUUGAGGCUGGAUUGAUCAUUUCUUGGGCAUACAAUACAAACACUCUGAUGGGGAUCCCCAAACGGAUCCCCGUUAUUCAUUCAUUCAUUGCAGGAAGUCUAAAAAUUGAAAUGCUGACUGACUGUCUUGACACAACACACAGCAGAGUUGUCAGAAGUUGAAGGUUUAGACCCAGAUUGUUUAGCAGAUUGUCACUUCCAUGACGGUAUCUGUUUGCAGAGAUAACAAAUAGUUGCUGGAUUAGCAGUGAUCAGAACCAGGAUGUUGUUAGGAUAAAAUGUUCCACCUGCCUCUGUGCUCUACACCGACUAUUUUUCCUGCAUACUCCGAAGUCAGCUGAUUUGAGUAGAUCAAUAUUACUCCAGGCUCCUGCCCACGGAUUCUGCAUUUUUAUACACAGCCUGUAAACAAGGAUUGAUUUAGGGGGAAAAAAACAAGGUGAUUCAUCAGGGUUAGGCUUCAUGGCUCUCUCAUAUCUCUUGCAGUGGCCACGUCCUCGGCCUCAGUGCCUCAGGGCCCUGGCUUGGGCCCCAUUCCAAUGUCCCAGUUUGGCACCAUCUCCCGACAGAUCUCUCGUCACAACUCCUCCACCACCUCUUCAGCGUCAAUGGUGUCUGCCACUGGCACCUAUCGCCGUGCACCCUCUGUGUCCUCCCAGCAGCCCCACAUUAACGGAGGCCCUGCCUACCAACAGAACUCAGGUAACACAGAAUCAGUUUAUUCAUCAGUAAUGUUUCUGCUGUUUGAGUUGGGCAGUUUUUUUUUUAAACGGUCAGUGUAGAAAUAGUACAAAUGAGCAAACUUGCAUUUGCAUUUUGGCUAAUCUUCGAUAAAUUUAUUAUCAUUAUUGUACCGUCCGUCCUCAGCACUUGUCAGUUUUUGUUCUCAUAAUCCAUAAUUAUGUUAAACUGCUAAAACUCGUCCUCUGGGUCUGAGAGAUACGCAGGAGCCAGGCCUUCCAGAGACUAAUGAAAAUGAGCGAUGAGGCAUAAUUACUGAAGUCAGGGAUGCUGAAACCUCCCCACCUCAGCACUGCUGAGCGCUCUGUUUCAUUAACAUUACUAAUUGAGUUAUGACAUUAUCGCCUCAGUCAGCUGGAGGAGACAGGCAGGCAGGAAUCGGUGAGAAACUGCCGAGAGACAAGGGGAAACUCAGGACAUAUGCAUAUUUUCUUUCAGAAGAGUCGAAUUUAUUUUGGCAGGCAUCACUCGGAGCCAUUCUCCUCUAAUAGCUUUCCCUCAAAGGACAAACGUGUGCGUCGGUGUAGGCGGAGGAGGCUGUCUGUCUUGUCUGAGACGGCUGAGACAAUCAUGUAGAGCUGCAUCCACCAGGGACUCAAACUGGGACAUCAUAUGAUCUCGCUGCUGUCUCCUUAGUGAAAUUUCAUUAAAGUGAAAGAUCCGUUUUGGAUUUCUGGAGACUGUAAGAGAAGUUUUACAAGAGGAAGAGCUGGUUCAUGAGGGAGCUCAUUGAUCUCCGAGGGUGUAGCUGUGGAUAGAUGCGGCUCUGCGGUGGAAGCAGGGUGGAAUAAUAAGACAUUACUGCCGAGUGAAUGUACAGACGUCUCUCCAUUACAUGUGAUUUAUGAGUCACAGUGGAUAUAAGCCUGUGUGACGACAUGUCUGUGAGCGAGGACAGCUGGGCUCUCUCUUUUUUGUCCAUCCAUUUAGCUGUUUUGAAAUAAAAUGUUGCCAAAAAUUCGUGAAAUUCGGAAAAUUAAAACUCCUCAGCCUUUCAGUGAAGGAGUGAUGCACCUAAAUGUUGCACCUGAUCCAGACAGACCUCAUUAAUUUAACAUUUAAAGAAAUCCCUGUCAGAUCAGAAACAGAUGCUGCAGCUUUACCUGUAAGAACACGCCAGCGUUGUGUUCUCACGUCCACACAGUGAUGUCUGUAGUCUUUGUGCUGCUUUGCAGCUCUUCCUCUGAGGCAGGAACCUUUCGCUGGCUAUGUCCUUUGCUGUUUCCACUUAAAACAGAUGCUGAUGAGGUAGAUUCUCAGACCGAGAUGAGAUGAACGCCUCUUUAGCUCAGCUUGAAAAACACAGUGCACAAAGAGCCUUGAUUGGAAAUGUGUAAAUGAGUUGCUCAGCCAAGCUUCCUGCACUGUUUCGCUCUCUCACAAGCUUCUUGUUUUUAUUUUUCUCCUAUUUUUCCCUUCUCUCUACCUUUCCUAUCUGGGCUUUAUCUCCUCGAUUAUCUCUCUCUGCUCUUCUCACGUCACCAUUUUCUCCCCCCUGUCCAUCUUCUCUGUCUCUGCCUGCUUGUCUGCCGCUUUGUCUGCCACUCUGGGUGUUGCUGCUCCAGUGUCUGUGGCUCCUCCACCUCCCCCUCCAAUGGUGCAGCUGACCCCACAGAUCCCUCUGACCGGCUUUGUGGCCAGAAUGCAGGAGAGCAGUAAGUAGAAAUCUGUUCAGAAAUGUACGCAUAUGUUUUAAUAAACAGAUAUACAUUCAUGAGACAGUAAAAAACACCUAUUUGUACUUCUUAACAUAAAAGAAUAAAACACUUUCCACAUUACCUUCACUCCCACAUAUGUGGACCAUAAAAGAUGGAUGCAUUGAUUUACGUACCUUUAUAAAUCGUUGACAGGAUCAACAAUUUUCUUUAAAGCACUAUUAUGUAGGAGGUAAAACAACAACCAGUGCCAUGUAAGAGCAUGUUUCACCAUCCAGUCAGCUGCCAAACAGAGUCAGCAUUAAAAACAACAAAAAUAGACCCAGUGAUUAUGGCAUUUAUCAUAAUUACUUCUGCUGAUUGAGCUUCGAGUCAUAAUUCACAGAAAGCGGGAAACAGUUACAGCUGUUUUCACGUCACAUUGUACAAAAUAUCAGGGACUUCAGGGUUCUUUGAUUUAUCUGAUAUUCAAGACUUUGACUAAUGCCUUUUUGUGACCUACUUAAGAAUUUAAGACCAUCAAUUGCAAGAUACAUGAUUGUGAUAUGGUAAAUUUUGUUACCUGAAACUGGUGGUGGGGGUAGUUUUUAAAAAAUAAAAUAAUAAUAAUCAAUUUGAUCGUCAAUUAUCAAAAAGAUGAGAAUUUGGUCAGAGAACAGUAUAAGAAGAUAUUAGAUUUAAAAAAUCCAAAGACCUCUUUGUCCACAGGGGGCGCCAAAUUUGACACAAACAUAAAGUCCCUUACAGUAGCCCUAAAUGACUAAAAAAUAAGCCACUUCAGAAGACCUUUAAUGAGCUCAUUUCAAGUGUUUACAUCACAUUUCACUUACUGCUGGAGACAUAAAGGAUUAUACUUGAAGUGAUAACACCCCCAUGUGUCAGGUCACAUUUUCCUGAACAGAGAAGACAUUAAGGGACAUGUCCUAGAUCAUCUUACCUCAUACUGAAGAUGCCUUCAUUAAAACUGAGGUCAAAUUCUACAUCACGUAAAACACAUUCAUGUAAUCCAUAUCUAUCUCAAUAUUGAAUUUCAUUUGGAGUCUUAGUGUUGUUCAACAGCUUAUAAUUCAUAUUUAAGAUGACAUUUCUCUCAUUAAUCACUUAAAAUACAACCUUUCAGUUAUAUCUUAAGUGAUUAUUAUUCUUUGCACAGACUAAAAUGGCAAUAAUAAGCUCCUAUUUCACUUCAUUAUUAACCAGAAUUCUCUUAGUUCUCUGAAAUUGUUGUAUCAUCCACAUGCUGCCUUACAUUUCUUCUUCUUUGCUGUCCACACACUCAGCACACCUUUUCUUUCACUGUAUUCGGGGUUGAAGGGGAGCACACGCCCCUAGAAUGUCUGUCUGUUGCCAUGGUGAUGGAUCACAUCACAGAAAGCUUUGCAGCCAGCACUUUCAGUCCACUGAAGGGAGAAAAUGUGACCUGAUGCCGUGUCCUGAUUCCCCACCCGCCUGUCUGACGAGAUGCAGCUGCGUAGAGAUCCAAACUGUCUGUGUUUGUCUGGUCGAACGAAACGCAGGCUGCCGUCGCACCGAAUGAUGAGUCAUGCAAUGAGACAAAUAACAGAUUAGACCAGGUUUAAGAUGUUCAGCCAAUAAUGAGCAGGAAAGAUUGUACUUUUGUCCCUCUGAACAGGCUGCUUCUAUCAGUGGAGCUCCUCCAAUACACAGGAAGAGACGCAUUUAAGAAUUUCAGCAGCAGAAACAGGGAUUAGACCAGCAACGUCAUCGAUGACUGAGCAGGCAAAGAUGAGAGAGAAAAGGGAUGAAACGAUAUCACAGCACAAGGCAAACCAUUAAAACAAGAUUCAUUUACCACCACUGUAAUGUUGAAUUAAACUUUACUUUUGAUGAGCAACAUGACAAGACAAAAAAAGACUGAGGAAAGGGUCGCACAAUCAAACACAUUUUUUUGUUCCCAUAAUGAGCACUCAGCAAAUUCAUAAGUUGCAAAUUCUGAAUUUCUUUCAAUGAAAAUUAAAAAUUCAUGUGAAGGAUUAAGGCUGAGAACUCAGCAUGUGCACACUUUGCUGUUCUUGGUAUAACCAGUGCUUUCACACCACUGUGAUUCAGUCAGGGGAAGGUCAAGCUGGAUAUCGCAUUAAAGAGGGUUAGGGCUUUAUACUCGCACCAAAUGUGAGCUGUGUUUUUUCAGACCUCAAAGAGAUGAUUGGGAUGACUGUCUGAAGCCAAAACAGCUUUAGUUCUAGAGUGAGGUAAUCUCAGCUCUUAAUGUUUUAAAGGAAUUUGACUCACUUGUUGGACCCGUGGAAGUAGGUUAGAUUCAACAGCUGCAUUAUAUUGAGUCAUCUUGUCCAUUAUCUCAGUUUAACUCAAGAGAGUGAAUAAAGUGGAUAAGAGGCUUCAUCUGGGCUUUCAUGAAGACUCUCACAUCGCAAACACAAACAUUUAAAGACCAAAGACUGUGACACCAGUCAGUUAACUGUUUGUCACAUGCUGAGCCACACCUUAGCACCUCAUACUUAUGGGAACACACACACACACACACACACACACACACACAUCAAGCAGUUAUGGGCUGUUCUAAGUUUUUUUGAUAUUGGUGUGAACAUCUGUGUACAUGCCAAUAUGAUCUCUGCAUUCAUUAACAUGCCCAGACUCUGAUAGUUUGUCAUAAAUUCUUAAAACAGUUUUAAGCACUCAAAACAAAGCAUCAGAACAAAAAUGUAAUGCCAAAUUAUAGGUCACAUUUUUUGUUUACUCAAAACUUGCCUUUGUAUCAGUCCAGACAAAUCCAAAAUGAGACAGGCUGAUGGCAAUAGUUGAAGUUAAUAUGCUCUAAAAUUCCCUGAAGGCACAAUAACUAAAACUAAUAACAGGUCAUUAAUUAAAGAUGUCAUUAUGACUCCUCAAGUUUAGCAAGCACAGCUUUGGCUUCAUUUCAAGGUCUUAAAAAUACGUUAUGAAAGUUUAUGGCUGCUGACAGGAUUUUAGACUUAAUACUCGUAUAAUUAGGUCCAACAAAUGAAUUAAUACAGUAUUUCCUAACUAGAGCAUUUGCUUGAAUUAGACUUCUAAACAUCAUUUUGACUUUCAGGUUGGGAGAGGUUGAGAAAAUAUGACUGAACUAUGAACUUUAACUAAAGAAAUGUUCCACUUAUUCUACUGCUGUCCAGAAAGUAGUGAGGUUAAAAAGGGCCCCAAGCUGCCUUCUAGUGGACAUUUAAAUCAGUGCACAUAAACUUUGGCAUUUACUGCCCGCUUAGGUCUGAACAGUGUCAAAGUAAAUGAUUGUCAAAAAAAGAAUAAUUUGGCCAAAAGGCAGAAAAGUGUAGAAAAGUAUGAGCUCAGUAUAAUCUCAUUUUGCUCAGAAGAAGUGUUUUUUCGGCAUCUUAAGUUUUUAAAGACCGACCUUAGAGACACAUAAGGAGAGCAAAUACGACCGUCCUCCUUUCUCAUAUGAUUUUAUUGACACUCUCUUAUGUCCUCUGUCUUUAUUCAGUAACAGACAGCCCCGCCCCACCUCCUCCGCCUCCCCCAGAGGACAUUGGUGUGUUUGAGGAGCCCUCUCCCCCUCCACCUCCCCCACCUGUAGACUAUGAGGAAGAGGAGGCUGCAGUGGUCCAUUAUAGUGAUCCAUACUCUGACGGGGACCCCCACUGGGCUCCUAAAGUGUAUCUAGAGAAAGGUGAGUGACCUCGAGACAGUUUUGCUCCCAUUGAGCUUCAGUUUUUGAUUCCAUAAGGUUAAUUUUUCUGUGAAAUAAUUUCUUUUUCCAGUGGUAGCCAUCUAUGACUACACCAAGGACAAGGAGGACGAGCUGUCCUUUAUGGAAGGCGCCAUCAUCUACAUCAUCAAGAAAAACGAUGACGGCUGGUUCGAAGGCGUCUGUAACGGCGUCACCGGACUCUUCCCAGGAAACUACGUCGAGUCCAUCAUGCACUAUGCUGACUAAAGAACAAAAAAAGAACAAAAACAAGAGGAAACACACCCAAAACAGCACUGCAGUUUGAAACAGAGUGAUGAUGUACAGACAGGCGUAUGCAGUUCAUACAGCUCCCUUUUUGAAUGAAGUGCCAUGGUGAUUUUACAAACUGUUUUCAUUUGGGGGGCUUGUGCUCACACUUUUUUUUUUUGUGCUCUGAAAAAGAAAAGAAAAACUGUCGCACAAAAGAGGAGGGGCUUAAAGCUUUGAAAACCAGGGGGUCUGUUAGUUUACACUGUGGAACAAAGGGGGGAGAUAACGCCUAUUUGUUACUAAUGGGUAUCAAACUUUAAAGGACACAAAUGCCUCACAAGAAAUUACUCUCAACCAGAAAAGUUCAAAGACGUCCAGGUGAAUCUAGAUAUAGAGUUAGUUGAUGUACAUGCUACCAAGAUUUCAAGUAUUUCCAGUGCUGUAGAUGUAGUAUUACAACUUUAUGAAUAGAUAAGGCAGUGUAGCAUUUCUCUGAAUAUAAAAUGCUGCACCGAAGGUCCCGCCCCUUUUAUUUGCAUUGCAAACUCGCAGACCAAUCUGCCUCUCCUUUCAUUAAACAGUUAACCUUAUCUUCAAAAAACCUGAAAGGGACUGUCGAUAGGAAGUGGACAUAGCCCUCAGCUUCAAAGGGACACCAAUGCAGAUAUGACUCAAGGGUGCAGUGUUUGUAAUGGCCAGGAGGGGGUGACAACACUGCUCUCUUGUAGAGCAAAACUAAAUUGGAAAGAGAUGCUUCUAGGCGUGUCUACCUGUGAUUGACAAGUUCCUACUCUGGUGUAGUGAUGUAAAACAAGACCCUCCUUUGAUCUGGUUCCUCAAAGAUUCAAAGUCCAAAAACGCUUAAAAACCAAGGGCUCCAAACUGUCCACCUCCUACAUACAGUCUCAAUUAUACCCAGACAUUAACAAGUGCAUUAGGACAAGACUGAAUGUUGGAUGACGUCGAUGUCCGAACCACAUCAUGUUUAAAAAAAAAAGGGGAUCAAACAACCUGGAGUUGUGUAUUUACUAUGCUCUGUGAUGGUGGGGAUGUUGUUCAAAAGGGUGAACUGAGUGUACAGAACGCAUUACAUGAAAAAAAAGAAAAAAAAAAACUAAAAAGAAAAGAAAACAGACUCUUCUUUCUGUCCUUGGACUUGUAUAUAAAGUGUAACGUGAGAAGCUGCCAGUACAGUUACAUUUGUCGGUUUAGUGUGUGUCACCUGUGACUCUCCAUCAGCGUCAGUGGAGGUGAUGCCAAGAUUGGCUGUUUUUGUUUGAGAUGGUGUUUCAUUUUACUUGAAUAUUAAUUUUAUUCAUCACUCACAGUGCCAUUUUAACUGAAAGCUGGCAAAGCUGCCGCAUGUAAGCGUUUAUUUUUCUACGUUCUGUCAUAGUCGUAUCAUUUCAAUCAUCGUCACUGUAUGUAGUCAUGCUGUCCAGCCACUGUAGCAGAGCUCUGAGGGGUUUGCUGCUUCUUAAUGUGAAGCAGAGGAAGGACUAACCUGUGUGUGUGUAUGUGUGUUUAUGUUGUUUUUCAUUGUGCACUGAUUUGUUUUUAACUGCUGUGAUGACUCUGAAGUAGCCAUCACCGCUUUGAUUCUGACACGACAGUCUCUUUCCAGAAGUACUGACUGACCUUUAUCCACAUGUCGUCUGUUCUUUCAGUGGUUGCUGGUGUGGUGCUUUACAUUGGUGCUCAACUACCAUAAUCACCGACACAAACAACCUCAAAAUAUGAGCGCUCUUAUUACUGUAAGAAGGAAACAAGGGAUUUAAUCUCAUGACUUUGUUCCAGAAAGUGAAGAAACUUCAGAUUUGAUUGUAACUGUUUUGAAUCACCUCUGCAUUUUUUAGUGAAUGUAGGAAACUGAUCCGUAAUGUACUAAAGCUAGAUUCAGCUACUUCUAGUAUGUGUUUGUCUUUCUGCUGACUGCAGUGAAGGAGUGAAUUUCAAAACCCCAGGUCUUACAGACAGCGCUGGUAUGAAAUAUCUGUUUUGUUACCCUCUCAAAAUAAGAUGCCUGCUUACAAAGGGAUUGUUAGCGCAAGAAAAAAACGAUAGAAAUCACAGAGAAGAAUUGUUCCAGAGGACAUUUUCAGGUUUCCACACAGACAACAAAAGACUGAAAUGAGCAGUAUUCAUUCAGACUCUGUGCAUGAAAGUAUCUAAACCUCAUUUCAGUGAAUGAUCUGCAAGUACAUCCCAUUCUUGAUUGUAUUUUUUCCAUCAUGAGGUCAUUUUUUGUGAGAAUACAACUUUUUCUACUAAGUGUAUUUCUAGCUUUGCAUUCAACUUCUUUUUUUUUCUGUGUCUGAGACUGCCAAGGAAGGCUCACUAGCAGUUUGUAUGUUAAGGAUUUAUUUAUACUUAUUUCAUAGAGAAGUCAUGAGACGACCACUGACGUGCAGAACUUUGUAAUGUUUACCACUUUAACGUCGAGCAUUUCAGGGCAUCACAGGUCCAGGCGCCUUUCUUCAGUGUGUGUUUUCUUAACAAUGAAAAGAAUCAGUAACUUAAAUGUUCAUGGGAACAGAAUCCAAUAUUUGUCUUCUCCUCUUGAUUUGUACAUAGGAUGUGUUCAUUGAAAUUUAUGUACAGUCUUUUUGUAAUAAACGGCUCAUUGAAACAAUGAA